UAUCUAAUGGCAAACUCUAGUAUAUUUUACAAAGAUAAUGAGUCGGAUUAUGAGAGCUCCACCGCCGGACCUGACUCAAGCCGCCGCACGAGUUGGCUAAGCAGCUCUUUCACGGCUAGCCCUAGUUGUAGUUCAAUAUCUCAUCUAAGUAACCAUGGCUUAAACAGCUACAACCAAUCAAAGCCUCACAAAGCCAACCAAGUCGCAUGGGAAGCUAUGGCCAGGCUACGUCGAUGCUGCGGCCGUGCAGUAGGGUUAGAGCAUUUUCGGCUUUUAAAGAGGUUGGGAAGUGGUGACAUCGGAAGUGUUUACCUUUGCCAAAUACGUGGGAGUCCGGACACAGCGUUUUAUGCCAUGAAGGUUGUUGAUAAAGAAGCUGUGGCAAUGAAGAAGAAGCUUGGAAGGGCAGAGAUGGAGAAGAAGAUUCUAGGGAUGCUUGAUCAUCCUUUUUGCCCUACUUUGUAUGCAGCUUUUGAGGCUUCUCAUUACUCUUUUCUAGUCAUGGAGUAUUGUCCCGGCGGUGAUCUAUACGCCGCCCGCCUCCGGCAACCAUCUAAACGUUUCACUAUCUCCUCCACAAGGUUUUACGCAGCAGAAACUCUGGUGGCCUUAGAGUAUCUCCACAUGAUGGGAAUUGUGUAUAGAGACCUAAAGCCAGAGAAUGUGUUAAUCAGACAAGAUGGUCAUGUAAUGCUCUCAGAUUUCGAUCUCUCCUUCAAAUGCGACGUCGUUCCACAACUCCUCAACGACAACGACCGUGGCCAUCAAGAAGAUGAUGACGAGGUGAGCAUCCGCCACAAAUGCUCAACACCAUCUUGCACCUCAACGCCUUUAAACCCGGUCAUCUCCUGCUUCACUCCUACUUCGAGUAGAAGAAGAAGAAAGAAGAAUGUUAUUACAACAACAAUACAUGAGAACGCAGCUAGUACUAGUGAUACUGUGAAACGCAAUGAUGUUUCAAGAACGUUCUCUCGAUCACCUUCUUCUUCUUCUCGUGUUUCUAAUGGACUUCGAGACAUCUCUGGUGGAUGUCCAUCAAUUUUCGCCGAACCAAUCAAUGCUCGCUCUAAGUCGUUCGUUGGAACACAUGAGUACUUGGCUCCCGAAGUAAUAUCAGGGCAAGGACAUGGGAGUGCAGUAGAUUGGUGGACAUACGGAAUAUUUCUGUACGAGAUGAUAUUUGGUACGACACCGUUUAAAGGAGAGAACAACGAGAAAACAUUAGUAAACAUUCUGAAAACACCCUUGACAUUCCCAAAGGUUGUUGUGAAUAGCCCCAAAGAGUACGAAGAUAUGGUGAACGCUCAAGAUCUUAUAAUAAAACUACUAGUGAAGAACCCUAAGAAGAGGUUAGGGAGCCUCAAAGGCUCUAUAGAGAUCAAAAGACAUGAGUUCUUCGAAGGUGUAAAUUGGGCACUGAUAAGAUCAAUAAAGCCACCUUGGGUUCCAAAAGAAGAGACGACUAGUCAUAAGAGUAAAGGUGAUAAUCGCAGCGUUAAUUAUUAUCUGCCACCGAGGUUAAUGAUGACUAGGAAGGAAAGAGAUGAGCCUUACCAUAUGUCUAAUCAUUUUGAUUAUUUUUAACAUUAGGAUAUAUCAAAGGGAGAAUAUUUUUAUUUUGUUUUCUUUCUUUUCAA